AUGAUGAAGCCUCAAAUCCUUUCCAAGAAGUUGAUAAAACCAUCAACUCCAACUGCACGUCAUCAUCUCAAGCUAUCUUUCAUGGAUCAGCUUAUUCCUCCCACAUACCUCAACAUGAUAUUCUACUACUCUUCAUGCACCAAAGUAGACGACAAUGAAAGAUGUGCACAAUUGGAACAAUCAUUAGCUCAAACCCUGACCAAAUUUUACCCGCUUGCCGGGAGAUUAGUAAAGGGUGAUCUUUUGAUUUACUGCAACGACGAAGGGGUUCACUUUAUUAGAACUCGUGUAAACGGACAGCUGGAUGAUUUUCUUCACGGUGGGCCCAAUGCCGAUCUUCUCAAUCAGUUUUUACCAUUGGACAUUGGCGGUCCGCUGGUGGAGAUUCAGGUCAACACGUUUGACUGCGGCGGGCUAGUGGUCGGAGUGAGUGUUUCACACAAAGUUGCUGAUGCAUUUUCAAUCAUCACGUUUGUUAAUGGGUGGGCUGCUGCGAAUAAAGCCGGGAUCGAAGAUGUGAUCAGCCCGAGUUUCGAGUUGGGCUCUCUUUUCCCGGCAAGCGAUCUGUUGCCUCCGAAUCCUCCUUCCACCACUGCGAAAGCCCAAGCCAAGAUUGUCAUGAAAAGGUUCUUUUUCGGUGGGGUGGCAAUACAGGCCUUGAUAGAGAAAGCCCGGCCCGCUUGUAUCUCUGCCCUGAGACCGCCUACCCGGGUGGCGGUUGUGGCAGCACUCAUAUGGAAGUCUCUCAUCGGGGUGGCACAAGCGAAACACGGACACUUAAGGGACUCUUUACUCGUCCAUCCAAUGAAUUUGAGGGGUAACACUGCGAUUUCCACGCCAGAUAAUUGUUUUGGGAACCUUUCGAUGCUUUUUAGCGAGCGAUUCGUGGCCGAUGAGAAGAAGAUGGAGUUGGGUGACUUAGUGAGUCUGUUGGGCAAUGCAAGGAGGGAUGUUGAUCCUGCAAAAAUGAAUAGUGUGGAUGAUCUUUGUGCGAUGGUGAGUAGGUCUUUCGGAGAACCAAGAAGAGAGAAACAUCAUAACCAGAGUGUGGAUGUUCACUUGUGUGCUAGUUGGUGUGGGCUGCCUUUGUAUGAGGCUGAUUUUGGGUGGGGAAAGCCUGUUUGGGUGAGUAGUACAUGCGAUUAUGAAGUGGUUUGUCUGAUAGAAAAUAAGUGUGGUGGUGGAAUUGAUGCCUGGGUGAGCUUGGCUGAGAAGGACAUGGUUGAAUUUGAACGCAAUCAAGACAUACUGGCCUUCACUUCCCGGUAA